UUGAACUGAUGCCAGAAUGUAUUUAUAGCUUUGACUGGAAUACGUAUGCUCAAUGAAUUAAGCUUCGACUGAAAUCAAUCUAGCGACAUAAAACCAUGUUAUAUAUAUAACGUUCAGUAGUAUACAAGAACUAUAUCAAAGCAUGUGAAUUGAAGAAUAUGAAGGAUGAUCAAUAUCAUCAGACUGUUACUAUAGUAAUACAGCAAGAUGGUCGAAUCAAACAUCGCUAUCAACAGUACGCAAGGUGAAGCAUUAACUCUGUGGCGUAACGUUGUUCCAACAACUCCGGAGUCAGAGACGUCAACUCAGAAUGUCUUCCCUGUCUACCUUUUUAUUCUUUUGUUUAUGUUCGCCGAUCGUCGGAGAUGCUAUCCGUUCCCGAAUGCCAGGGAAUUUUUCCUGGGUUGUAGAGGACCAGGUGUGUGCGAUGGGUUUCCCUGACUCGCCCGAAAACAUGAAGUAUCUAGUGGAACGCAACGUCGGCUACCUGAUUUCACUCACGGCAGAAAGACAACCAUCCGUACAUGACUUCCCAGAAAUCACCCUUCUACCCGUAAAAGUGGUUGAUUUCACUCCGCCAACUGUGGAACAGAUCGACCGAUGUAUAGACAUCAUAAAGACCGCGCUACAGGCAGGAAAGGCUGCUGGCUUACACUGUGCUCACGGAAAAGGACGAACGGGAACAGUCCUGGCUUGUUACUUCAUAAAGGAGUUCUGUAUGGAGCCCAAGCAUGCACUCGACCAGAUACGUAUGUAUAGGCCGGGAUCGGUGGAGACGAAAGAACAAGAAAAGGUCAUAUUUGAAUAUGCAAACUACACGAAGGUCAAACUCAAACCGGACUGUAAAAAGUAGCAGGAAGUGAAGAUAAUUUGUCGGAUCGGUAAACGUGUUGCUGAUGUGAAAAUAAAAAAUAAACAACAUUCCCUGGACAAAUUA